AAUGUAGAAUUUAUAUUCCUAACCCUGAAUUUAUUUCUGUAAUGAGAAGCCAGCGAGAAGCGGUGAAUGAUGAUGGAGAGAUUGGCAAGUAGCUUGAUAUGCGAAGAGAUUCUGGGAAGGUUGGAUUUAAAGACGCUGUGCACGGUGGCCUGCGUGAGCAGAUCCCUGCGCUUCUCCGUCGACUAUGAAGUUCUUCCGUUUCUCUCUUCCCUCCAUCUCCCACCGUCUUUCAUUCCGGAUUCAAGCUCUCUCUUUAUUAUCCUCAGUCGCUGCACCAGAGCAGGAACCCUUACUCUUACCACGCUGACACUCAAUUGUCAGCGCCUCCGUGAUUCUUGUCUCACCCGUUUCCUCGGUGAACAACUCCAGCAACUCAAUUUAUCUUUCUGCUCCUUCCUCUCAUAUGGGUUUCUUGUUUCGAUAGGAGAAAACUGCCCCUUCCUCAGGGUGCUAAUGCUAGAAUUUGCAGAGCAAGGCUCACCAGAUCUGUUCAGAAGGACUCUUGCUGACAUGCUUUUCAAGUGCCAUCUUUUGGAGUGUGUCUGUCUUAAAAUUAAAGGGACGGAAGUUGAUGCAAGAGCGUUCCACUUCAUUGAUUUGUUUCUGCCUAGUACUCUGAAAAUUCUGAAAUUAAAGCCAACGCUUGAGGUAAAUGCAAUCCGUCUAGCAAGGCAACUAGGAACUGGUCAAAAGUUAUCUGCAAUGGAAGAUUUCAGCAUCCCUAACUCACCAACAUCAUAUCGUUUUGCAUUACAAAAUUUGUCGCUUGUCUUAGAUGUUAUAUCUGAUAGGCUACUUGUGUCUAUCACCAGCUCGCUUCCUCUUCUGGUAGAGCUGGAUCUUGAAGAUAGGCCAAACAAGGAACCAUCUCCACAGUUUGACUUGACCAAUAGUGGGCUGCAGUUGUUGGGCUCUUGCUAUCAUUUGACUGGACUCUCUCUUAUACGCAGUAGAAAGAACUACCAAGGAUCAUUUAAACAAAUAAAUGAUAUGGGAAUGUUUCUGCUUUCCGAGAGUUGCAAAAGUUUGCAGUCAGUGAAGCUUUGUGGUUUCUCAAAAGUUACUGAUGCUGGCUUUGCAUCAUUGCUACAUUCGUGCCAGCAGUUGAAGAAAUUUGAAGUCCGAAAUGCCAUACUUUUGUCGGACUUGGCCUUUCACAAUCUAACUGGAGUCUCGUCUUCCCUUGUUGAGGUGAGAUUACUUUCAUGCAAUUUGAUAACCAGUGAAACUGUGAAGAAACUAGGCUCUUCUAGGAGUUUAGAGGUGCUAGAUCUGUGUGGCUGCAAGAGCAUAGCAAAUUCUUGCCUCAGCUCCAUUUCAUGUCUUAGAAGAUUAACUUCUUUGAAUCUUACUGGAGCUGAUAUUACAGAUGAUGGCUUAUCCAUACUUGGUCAGGGGAGUCCACCUAUCUCACAUUUGUGUCUUAGAGGCUGUAAGAGAGUAACCGACAAAGGCAUUUCUCUUUUAUUGUGUGGGGCAAUUGCAGAGACAUUGGCAGCACUUGAUUUAGGUUACAUGCCAGGAAUAUCAGACAGCAGCAUUUUUACAAUAGUUGCUGUUGGUAGAGAGAUUACUGAAUUAUGUAUUCGGUGUUGCUUUUAUGUGACUGAUUCUUCAUUGCAAGCACUUGCUACAAAGAGAAGCUUCCAAUAUGGCAAUAAGCAACUUCGGCAACUUGAUCUUUUCAAUUGCAUUGGAUUAUCUGCUGAUGCAGUCAGAUUGCUAAGGAAACCCUUAUUCAGUGGACUGCAUUGGGUUGGUAUUGGACAAACUCGAUUGGUAAUCAAGGGUGGUGCUAUUCUAACUGAAAUUUGCAACGAACGACCGUGGCUGACUGUGUGUUCUGAUGGUUGUGAAAUGGGAUGUCAUGAUGGGUGGCAGUUCCAUAGAUCAGAAAGCCAUUGAUUUUCUUUCAACUUAUUACUGCUUUGAUGCAUUUUAUGUAAGAUUCAGAUGACCAAGUUGAAUGCUGAAUGUGUGUGGGGCUGUGAGCACAUGGGCACAAGAACAUGGAAGAUCUUGAUAGAACACUCUGUUUGGUUAUUCCUAAUGAAUUCUCUCCUAUUAAACUUACAUGUACCAUAUUAUUGAGUUGCUUUUGUUGAUUGUUUUCAGCUUCAAGUUUAUCAGAUUCCCCCGCUCCCUACCUCAUCUCCGUCUACCUCUGUCUUCAUUACUUAUCAACCAUCUCAUCCAAUUCUCCUCCUCUCAAAGAAGCUAUUAAAAAAAUCAGCGUUAAUCCUCCAAAGGAACUGAAGAUUUUCCUCCUGCAGAAAAAGUGCUCCCCUAUUUGGCUCUUCCGCUAGCAAAUUUCACUCCUCUAGUUGCAUUAUUGUUGCAAGCUUUGCCAUGCCAGGUAUUACGUCGAUCAUGCCCUUUCAUUUGUUGAGUUUUCAGUGGUUGCUAUGUUCCUGGCCUUCAAUUGAUUGAAUCCAUAUUAAUUAUGUAUUGUAUUUAUAUUUUAAUUCUAAAACUUAAUUGAGAAUUUGGACAGAUUUGUUAUGCAUUGGGAGUUUUGAC